AUGGACAUCUGCAGCUCCUCCGCGUCUCUCCUGCAAGAGGAGCUCGCCUCCGCUAUCGAGCCCGCGGUGAAAGCGGCUGUGCUGAGCGUCAUGUCUGCCUUAGCAAAGUUCGUGGACAGCAAGUGCGCGGUUUUCCACCUCAGACUGGACGAGAGAGAGAAAGAAUUUGAAAGCGUGAGAUUGCGCUUGGAGAUAGCGGAGAGCGAGCUGAAAGCAGUAAGGGAACGGGAAUGCAUGAACACCGCCGAGAAAAACUUCGCACACUCUCUCGCAAACGCGGAUGAACAAUACUCCGGCAUUGAUAUCGACUUCUUUCAUCUACACGAGAAGGAAACCGUGGAUGAUCCUGCAAAUAACACCCGGGUCAGCGACGGUGUGAUUGCACACGGGCUGCCAGCCCCGGCACGGGAUUGCUGCACCGCACCGGCUCAGCCAGUCCGGGACCCGGUGCCUGCAGUCCGCACCGCACCGAAAAGCUCCCGGGUUUUAAUCCAGGAGGAUGGGACCUAUUCCGAGCAGGACCUGCUGAUGCGAGGCGAUGAACAGAGCGGCCGCACAAGCACAGCGGGGUGGAGAAGAGCACGGAAAGCAGAGAGAGAUGCUGUUCUUCACGCUGAGGAAGGGUCGAAGGCAGAAUCAGCUCCCGUUCAAGAGGAGCUCUUUGACCAGGAAUGGUGCAGGAGUCCAAAGCGGGCUACAGAGCUGACAUCUAUUGAAGGGAAGGAGGAGGAAGCUGGACUAGAUCCUGUCCACAUUAAUGAAGAGAUCCGUAGACCGCAGCGAGUUCAAACUGGAGAGAAACCGCACGGCUGCACCGUGUGUGGGAAGGGCUUCAGUCGGUCAGCAGAGCUGAAAAGACACCAGCGAAUUCACACGGGAGAAAAAAGUUACCAUUGCACUGAAUGCGAGAAGAGUUACAAAUACUCCCACCACCUGACAACACACCAGCGCGUCCAUACUGGCGAGAAACCGUAUCGCUGCAGCGACUGCGGGAAGAGUUUCAAUACGAGAGAAGAGCUGAAAAGACACCAGCGCACGCACACAGGAGAAAGACCGUACUGCUGCCCUGAGUGUGGGAAGAGAUUUAAACACUUGCACCACCUCACAACACACCAGCGCAUUCACGGAGCACAGGAACAUGCAUUGAAUAUGGCCAGAGUUGCAAACACUUACGCAGCGUUGCAACAUAGCGACGCAUUCAUGGAGGAGGGGGACGUGUAGUGAAUGUGGGGAGAGUUUCAUUGCAAAAGCAGAACUGAAAGGACACCUGCAAACUCACAGACUGUAAUAGCAAAUUAUUUCUUGAACUGACUUCAUGUCAAGCUGAGAUAAGGCAAAGCCACUUUUUCAGGAAGAGUGGAUUGAAACCUGGUUCCAAGAGACUGGGAGACCUAGUUUGAGGUUGCAGUGUCAAACCCCAAGUCUUCCUUGGUGUGCUGUGCAGGAGCAUGAAACCAAGUUCCAAGCUUCAAAAUGGCAUUGCAUUCCCUCAGCUUAACAAGUGUACUAAAUAUGAGAAGAGAAUCAUUAGGGUAACACAGUUAAUAAGACACCAGUCCCUUAGCUUAAAAUAAGAUUUGAUAAUAAAGUAUUUUGUUUAUUCAACUGCUUUGGACAGUUAAGUCAACAGUGCUGUGAAUAUGAGCUUUGUUUAAUAAAUACAGAUUUCAGGCUGUCUGAACAGGGUCUCGUGAUUAGAUUUCUGCCAUUCUGUACUGUAGAAAACAGCAAUGCAAGACCAAUGAAAUAAAGAAUGUGCAGUCUAGGGGGAUAGAAGUAAUAAUAAUAAUAAUAAUCUUUAUUUUUAUAUAGCGCCUUUUGUAGUGGACCACCAUCACAAAGCGCUU